UACGGGAUUUUCAAAUAUGCAGAAAAAUCUUAAACAGAAUUCAAAUGUUGGACUAAGCAGCAACAAGUCCGAGGACACCAUUGCUAACCUCUAAUAUAUGAAGGCAAAAUUAACCAGAGUUUUGCUAAACCAAUAAUAAAGCUGCAAUGAAACAAGUAAAUAAACCUAAGCACGUAACUUGGUAAUUGUCCCUAGUUUUGUUGUAGUAUUACAUUCAGAACCAAGGCAUAAUUGUCACUUAAUUUAACAUUACAAACAUUAACCCUAGAGUUUAAAGAGUAACAACAGACUUCAGAAUCACUCUAAAACCAACAAUGUAACAACCAAAUUGGUCACAAUGCUGAAAGUUUCAAUAUCCAUUUUUCCUACCUAAUCAUCUGAGAUGUACCCUAUAUAAGCUCAUCUCUUAAAAGUUCCAUCAUCUAUCAUUCUUAAUUUGGUAGUAUCACUCACAAAUACAAUCUCUUAGCUACCAAGUUUGCCAAAAAUGGCAACUUUCAACAGAUUGCUUAUUGCCCUUUUUAGCAUUUCCUGCUACAUGCUUUCCAACAAUGUCGCCAAUGCAGCUUACACAGGCAUCACCAGGCACUACACGUUUGAUAUCAAGUUGAAAAAUGUUACAAGAUUAUGCCACACCAAGAGCAUUGUCACAGUAAAUGGGCAAUUUCCAGGGCCUCGUAUUGUUGCUCGAGAGGGUGAUCGACUCAAUAUUAAAGUUGUCAACCAUGUCCAAAACAAUAUUACCAUCCAUUGGCAUGGGAUCAGGCAGCUCCGAAGUGGAUGGGCAGAUGGACCAGCAUAUAUAACACAAUGCCCCAUACAAACAGGAAAGACUUAUGUAUACAAUUUCACCAUUUUCGGUCAGAGGGGCACACUAUGGUGGCAUGCCCACAUUUCUUGGCUAAGAUCAACCCUCUACGGACCUAUAAUUAUUCUCCCUAAGCGUGGUGUUCCAUACCCAUUUCCCCAGCCCUAUAAGGAAGUUCCUCUUAUCUUUGGAGAAUGGUGGAAUGCAGACACUGAGGCAGUCAUUAACCAAGCAACGAAAACAGGAGGCGGUCCAAAUGUAUCAGAUGCCUACACCAUCAAUGGCCUUCCUGGACUAUUAUACAACUGCUCAGCUAAAGACACCUUCAAAUUGGGUGUAAAACCGGGCAAAACUUAUCUCUUAAGGCUUGUUAAUGCUGCACUCAAUGACGAUCUCUUCUUUAGCAUUGCCAAUCACACUCUCACAACAGUGGAUGUUGAUGCUGUCUAUGUUAAGCCCUUUGAGUCGGAUACAAUUAUCAUAACUCCUGGGCAAACUACCAAUGUCCUCCUCAAGACAAAGCCUCAUUACCCUGAAGCUACCUUCCUCAUGAUGGCUCGGCCUUAUGUUACAGGAAACGGUACCUUUGACAACUCUACUGUUGCCGGAAUCCUUGAAUACCACCAACCAAAGCCAUCAACUUCAAUCAAAAAGCUUCCUCUCUUCAAGCCCACCCUUCCAGCCUUGGGAGACACGUCUUUUGUAGCCAACUUCACCAACAAACUUAGAAGCCUAGCAAAUGUCAAAUACCCGGCCAAUGUACCAAAGAUUGUCGAUAAAUACUUCUUCUUCACAGUAGGGUUAGGGACCAACCCAUGUCCUAAAAACCAUACAUGCCAAGGCCCAACUAAUACCACCAUGUUCGCGGCUGCUAUUAACAAUGUCUCUUUUGUCAUGCCUACAAAAGCUCUCCUGCAAUCACACUUCCUCCGACAAUCGAACGGGGUUUUCACCACUAAUCUUCCCACUGCACCACUAAUCCCCUUCAACUACACCGGUACACCACCUAAUAACACGAAUGUGAUAGAUGGGACAAAGGUGGUGUCGGUUCCAUUUAAUACCAGUGUUGAGCUGGUUAUGCAAGGCACCAGCAUUCUUGGGGCAGAGAGCCACCCACUUCACCUUCAUGGGUACAACUUCUUUGUAGUUGGACAAGGCUUUGGAAACUUUGAUCCUAAAAAAGACCCAGCAAAGUACAACCUUGUUGACCCCGUAGAGAGGAACACUGUUGGUGUGCCUGCAGGAGGGUGGGUUGCCAUUCGUUUCCUUGCAGACAAUCCAGGAGUAUGGUUCAUGCAUUGCCAUUUGGAAGUUCACACAAGCUGGGGCUUGAAAAUGGCCUGGGUAGUUGAAGAUGGAAAGCUGCCAAACCAGAAGCUGCCACCACCCCCAUCUGAUCUCCCGAAAUGCUGAAAGUGCUUCACCCGAAAAUUUUUCCACAACUCCUCUACCAGAGAACGGUUUCCCAGCCCCCUCUUCAAAUUCCAAACAACCCCCCCCCCCCCUCUCCUAAGUUUCUGUUAAAUUUAUUACACUGCCACUCAUUUUCUACUUUGUCAAACCCUAAACAGGAUAGAGUGGACAAUUAGCUGUAGAAAGUUUUCUUUUCAAUUUUCCAUUCUUCAUUGUUUUUUCAUUUAAUUUUCCUUGUUUAAUGAUCAUGUAAAGGACAAGAUACACAAUGAAAUUCACAAGUUUUUUACGAGACACAAACAUGCAAUUUCAUUAACGAAAAAGAUGUUUAUUACAUUAUCUCACACUGAAUUU